CCGCCGCCGGAGGCACCGCUGGGCAAAACCCGCACGACAGGGUGGUGGCAGUGAUCUUGUUCGUCGUGGCCGGGAGUGGCGGCAAAUCCUUUUCCCAGUCCUUCUGCUACGGUGGUGCGUAUCGACGACGGCCAGAGGUGCGAUGGCGGCUGGCAGCAGCGGCAAGGCAGGCUCAAUCUACUCCCACAUGGACCUGGCAGGCCUCGAUCUCGCACCUUGUUGCUUCGUGUGCGUGGCAUUGAUGGUCUGCGGCUAUGUUGCAUCAAUUGGGUGCUAGGGUGGCCGCCCUGGACAUGGUAGCGGCGGUCUCCUUCUUUCGUCGGAGGUGGGAAUCGAGAUAUGGUUGAUCUUGGGCUCUCAUGUCUCGCAUAAUAAUCAUCAAGGCAGUGUCCCUAGUGGUCUUCGUGUGAAGUUGCCAUUCUACCUGUGAUCAACCCUCUUUGAUAUGGCCAUUGGCGAGUUCCGGACUCCUCCUUCCAAGGGAAACAAGGAUCAGCAUAUAUGAUUCUCUUUGGACACCUUGAUCUGAUAGGGAUCGGUCUUGUGCACCCACAACAUCAGCAUAACCAGCUUCACCGGGGUAUCGCAAAGCUCUAUUUUUGUUGACACCUUGGGAUAUGUCUGCACCAAGAUUUCCAGAGUGUCAACACAUGCGGAGAAUGUCAUGGCGUGAUUGGAGGACCUACAAGUGGCGAUGGCAAGGUCUUGGACGCAAUGAAGUCUUUGCUUCACAGGAUAAUGAUAGGAGAAGAAAAUGGACAUGUUGGCAUUUGGGACUAUGCACAGAGAAAAGUGGAUUCUCUUAAAUUGCCUACGACAAAGGUUAGGUGCGUUAGAUUUAUUGAACGAAAGCAAUGGAUUGUUGCUGGUACAGAGGAUGGCUAUAUCCAUGUGUACAGCUGCGAGACAAAGAUUCAAAAGCUCAAAAGUUUCAGAGCUUUCACUGAUAGGCAUGGGUAUCUCAGCUUGCUAGCCGUGCAUUUAACCCGUCCGUAUUUGUUGUCAGCGGGUACACACAUGAAACUUUGGGACUGGGACAAGGGUUGGGAGUGUGUGCAGACAUUUGAGUGUUACUUUGGGGGAUUUAGGGAGACAAUAUAUGAUGCCGCAUUUAAUCAUAAUGACACAUUUGCUACUACUUCAUCGAAUACAUUUUUAAGUGAGACAGCAACAUACUUACAUAAGGUUUGGAGCUUUGAUUCUCCCAAAUCUGUAAGCACUCUGCCUGGGCACUCGAAAUCACUGAACUGCCUUGCUUUCUUCAUAUGUGAAGAUCAAGAAUUUUUGGUUACCGGCUCAGAUGAUCAUAAUGCCAAGAUAUGGUACUUGCAGGAGAACAUAUGUGCAUAUACACUUGAAGCUUUCACAUCGCCAGUUAGGUCUGUCCUAUAUCAGCCCAAUCUUCAUACUCUAAUUAUAGGUUCAGAUGAUGGUGCUAUUUAUUUGUGGAGCACAAAAAAUUGCAGGACAUAUUCAGACCCCCCUACGCUUACAAGAAUCAUCAAUAUUGGUUGUAUUGGAGCUGUCUACCAUCUUGCAAGUGCGAUGGGAAGCAUUGUGAUUGGAAGAGGCAACACAAUAGCCAUUAUGGAUACCGAUAAUGUGAGUUAUCAGGAGCAAUCAACAGAUUACAAUAAAAAGCAGUUAAGUGCAGAUACGAGACAACAGGCUGGAGAAACAACAUCUAAGGUGAACUCACUAAUUUUGUUUAGAAGAGUGCAGAUCGCAGGCUCCAUCAACAAGCUACCUGUACUUGACGUCCACCCGCUGGAACUUCGCUUCCCCUAUCAUCCCAAUGAGCCCAUCUCGUGCUCACUGUACCUAACAAACAACACCAAUGAAAAUGUGGCCUUUAGACUUGUAGACAGGGGCGGCAAGUCCCCAUGGUGCUUCACAAAGCUGCCGUUGUACGGCAUUGUGCCUCGAAGAUCCACUUACACUUUGAUUGUGAGAACAAAAGAGGAGAUGAAGCUAAAGGAAAAGAAAGACUUCGAUCUCGUUAUUCAGAGCAGUUUAUUGGAACAUAAGUACAUCGUUUUAUUCCAAAACCAGUGUGAAUCUGAUCAAUUUUUUGAGGAAGCAAAAGAGUUGGGGAAUAUGGUGCAUGAGGUGAUACUGAAACCUGUUUAUCUGCAGCACGAAGAUAUCACAUCUGAGGAUCAGAAUAUAUCAGCGAUGUAUAAUCGUGACAAUUUGAAGUCCAUAGACGCACAUCCAACAGAGCCAUGGAUUUUAACAGGUCAUAUAAGUGGAUAUGCUCGCGUAUGGGACUAUGAGAUGAAGUACCCGACGAAUUUUUUUGAAGUGUCCGACAAUGCAGUAAUGGUCGUCAAAUUUAUUGCAAGAAAGGAAUGUAUUGUAGCUUUGACAUCUGAUGGUAACCUUCAUGUGUAUGACUGUCCGUGUGUCACAAAAAUUGAAAAGACUACACAUGUUAAACCUGUUAGUGGCUGUUCGGUACUAGCUGUUCAUCCAACUUUACCAUCAGUGUUGUCAGCGUCCAAUACUGGCCUAAUAGUUUUAGACUGGGACCAGGCCUGGGAGCAGACACAAGAAUUUCAGACUUAUAAUAACCCAGGGUCAGUGGCAUUUAACCCUGGGGACGACAAAUGUUUCACGGGUGGGUUUCAUGAUGAUGGCGAAAUAAAGGUUUGGAGACUUGAUUCGGAGCACCCUGAAUAUUCUUUGAUUGGGCAUUUUGAGGGUGUGCGCUGCCUGGAUUUUAUCAGACGAGGAGAUAAACACUAUUUGGUCAGUGGCUCUAUGGAUUGCACUGCCAAGAUCUGGAACUUGCAGAAAAGGAAGUGCAUUUGUACGCUGGAAGCUAUGUCUCCAGUUCGUUGUCUCCUUGCCCAUCCAGAUGACCUUCCAGUCCUUAUUACAGGAACUGAACAUGGCAUCAUUCAGGUGUGGAGCUCCGUUGAUUUCAGGCUCAAAAGAACCAUUAACUUAGGCGGUGGUGGACCUGUUAUUGGUCUCGCAUGUAUGAUGGGCUCACAGAGGAUUGUGAUUGGGCAACAGAACGCAAUGUCUACCAUGGAAAUCACUAACGACAAAGCAUUGAGACCGAAGAGUUUUAUGCCCUGGGCGCAGCUCCGCCGGAAGAAGCGACGUGUGCACAUCCGUGGGCUGGCUAGGGCUUACAAGGAUCCAGUAUCUCUACAAACUGGACUAUUGACAAAAAAGAGUGAUGUCUACAGUUUUGGAGUACUACUCUGUGAACUUGUAUGUGGGAGGAAGGGCACAUAUUCGGACCAUAACAGCUUACGGAGACAGUUUUUUGAUGCUCACGAAAAAAGAGAAGAUGCCGAUUGAGCUGUUUGACAAGGAAAUUGCAGAACCAGGAGCUUUGGAGCUUCUUGGUACCCUUGCAAGCGUUGCCAUGGAAUGCCUUAAUCUUGACAUUGAUGAAAGACCAGCAAUGACAGAUGUAGCAGAGCACCUUCUCAUGUUGAAGAGAUCUCGUAACUAGUUAUAGAUUAUUGUAUGUUUGAUGCGAGACAAUAGGCUUCCUUGCAUGCUUGUGUGUUUAUUUUUGGGGAUGUUUUUGUUGGUUCCCCCAAGCGGUACCUCUGUUAAAUUGGCAAUCCCAGCAUUUCUAUCCUUCCUCCCUGUUUCCACUCAAACCUGAUUUAGGGCUUUAUUUUGAAGUGGGGCUAUUGUGGCCUUCAUUCUAAAAAUAUUCGCUACAAUAUAUUGAUAUAUUCUCUCCA